AAGCCGAUCUCUGGCUCUGAAGGCGCAUUCAGUCGGCGAGAGCUCACGGUGCGGACGGUGGAGCCUCAGUCCAGCCCGAGCAGCCUUUAGUGCAGUCCUACACACACACUCACACUCACAGCUGGAAGAGGACAGACAUGGCAACCACAACAUGCACGCGCUUCACCGACGAGUACCAGCUCUACGAGGAGCUCGGAAAAGGAGCUUUCUCUGUGGUGCGCCGCUGUGCGAAGCUCUGCACGGGUCAGGAAUACGCCUCCAAAAUCAUCAACACCAAGAAGCUCUCAGCUCGAGACCACCAGAAGCUGGAGCGUGAGGCGCGGAUCUGCCGUCUGCUCAAACACUCCAACAUCGUGCGCCUCCAUGACAGUAUAUCAGAGGAGGGCUUCCACUACCUGCUGUUUGACCUAGUGACGGGUGGAGAGCUGUUUGAAGACAUUGUGGCCAGAGAGUAUUACAGUGAAGCAGACGCCAGUCACUGUAUCCAGCAGAUCCUGGAGGCGGUGCUUCACUGCCAUCAGAUGGGCGUGGUCCACCGAGACCUCAAGCCGGAGAACCUGCUCUUGGCCAGUAAAUGCAAGAACGCCGCCGUCAAGUUGGCAGAUUUCGGCCUCGCCAUCGAAGUACAAGGAGACCAGCAGGCCUGGUUCGGAUUUGCUGGAACGCCGGGUUAUCUUUCUCCAGAGGUGCUCCGGAAAGAAGCGUAUGGGAAACCGGUGGACAUCUGGGCUUGUGGAGUCAUCCUCUACAUCCUGCUGGUGGGAUAUCCUCCAUUCUGGGAUGAAGACCAGCACAAACUCUACCAGCAGAUCAAGGCUGGAGCGUAUGACUUUCCCUCCCCGGAGUGGGACACGGUCACUCCUGAAGCCAAAAACCUCAUCAAUCAGAUGCUGACCAUCAACCCGGUCAAGAGAAUCACAGCGCAGGAGGCUCUCAAACACCCGUGGGUCUGCCAACGCUCCACCGUGGCGUCGAUGAUGCACAGACAGGAGACGGUCGAGUGUCUGAAGAAGUUCAACGCCAGACGGAAACUUAAG